AUGUGGCUUAAGAGUCUGCUUGAUGAUGUGAAUGUUGACGCCAUGCCUAAUGCAGAAAGCAAGGCUAUUCUACUAUACAGCGACAGUCUACCUGUCAUUGAAAUGUACUCUGCGCCGAAGGAGAACGGCAGGUCAAAGCACGUUCAAGUGCAUUGGCACUGGGUAAGAGAGCAGGUAGCGCGCGGCAAGAUCUACAUACCUCAUGUCAAAAACAUUGAGUACAUCGGAACCGGUCUGAUCAUCAGAUGGACCCUGCAACCACUGCAACCACCCGGUGUUCUGAUUGUUAGACGGACAUUUUAG